AAAGAUUUAAAUAGAGUUGAAUCUCCCUCUCUCUCUCUCUCUCUCUCUCUCUCUCUCCCUGGUUCCCUUCUUCCUCUCAAUCAUUCUAUGUUCUUUUCACUUCUUUUUCGCCCAGUCGUCGUCAUCAUCCUCUGUCCCAGGAGAGAGAGUAUUCGACCGUUUCCUUAUCGACUACUCAGUUCUAGGGUUCGCUGACUUGGAUUCUAGGAAUUUGUCUUCUACUUUUCCUGUUAAUUUUAAUAGGAAGCUGAUGACAUGGAGCGGUCUUCAGACCAUUCAUCUUCGGGUCCUUCCAAGAUUCCAUAUGUGAGUAUUCCUAAGGCAGUGGGAAGUGGUGCAUGGGGGAUGCGACCUGGAUCUGAUGGUUACAACGCAUCAAAUGAUGCUACCCUUUUCUCAUGCUCAUUACCUGUUCUUCCACAUGAAAAGUUGAACUUAAAUGAUACCGAACAUUGUUGUCAGUCUAUUGAUGAUGCUGGAUUAGAUAAACUCCAACAAGAUGUGGAGGCUGGCGAGUCACUUGAGGAUGAUGGAAUUCAUGCUAUUGGAAGCUUGCUUCCUGAUGAUGAGGAUGAGCUUUUAGCUGGAAUAAUGGAUGAUUUUGACCUUAGUGGAUUGUCUAAUCCAAUGGAGGAUGUGGAAGAGUAUGAUCUUUUUGGCAGUGGAGGAGGCAUGGAGUUGGAAAUUGAUCCACAGGAGAGUCUGAACAUGGGUAUGGCAAAGGUGAGCUUAUCUGAUGGUGUUGUUGGGAAUGGCUUGGCUCAUUAUGGUCUUCCAAAUGGCUCGGGAACUGUUGCGGGGGAACAUCCAUAUGGGGAGCAUCCUUCUAGGACGUUAUUUGUUCGUAAUAUCAAUAGUAAUGUUGAGGAUUCAGAACUGAGAACUCUUUUUGAGCAAUAUGGCGCGAUCAGAACUUUGUACACUGCAUGUAAACAUAGGGGCUUUGUGAUGAUAUCUUACUAUGACAUCCGUGCUGCGCGAACUGCUAUGCGUGCAUUACAAAACAAGCCAUUGCGACGGAGGAAACUAGACAUUCACUUUUCAAUUCCGAAGGAUAACCCAUCUGACAAGGAUGUUAACCAAGGAACUCUGGUAGUUUUUAAUUUGGAUCCAUCAGUUUCAAAUGAUGAUCUCCGCCAAAUAUUUGGGGCUUAUGGGGAGGUUAAAGAGAUAAGGGAAACACCACACAAGAGGCAUCAUAAAUUCAUUGAAUUUUAUGAUGUUAGAGCUGCAGAAGCAGCACUUAGGUCAUUAAAUAGGAGUGACAUAGCCGGCAAACGCAUAAAGCUUGAACCUAGUCGCCCUGGCGGAGCACGUCGAAACUUGAUGUUGCAACUGAAUCAGGAGCUUGAACAAGAUGAAUCUCGGAGUUUCCGACAUCAUGUGGGUUCUCCAAUGGCCAACUCUCCUCCAGGUAGCUGGGCGCAGUUCAACAGCCCUAUUGAACACAGUCCUUUGCAAUCUCUUAGUAAAUCCCCUGGUUUCAGGACUGUGAGCCCAACGACUAGCAACCAUUUACCUGGAUUAGCUUCAAUUCUGAAUUCUCAAAUAUCAAAUUCAGUGAAGGUUGCACCUAUUGGCAAGGACCAAGGAAGGGGUAUUCAUGUAGAAAAUAUAUUCAACAACACAAAUUCAAACCAUGGAACUGCUUUCCAACAGUCUCAUUCAUUUUCUGAGCCAAAUUUGGGCCCAUAUCCUGGUAAUGGGUCCUCUUUUGGUGCUUCAACUUCAAAUGGAUCUGGAAUUGAGACGUUAUCUGGGCCACAAUUUCUUUGGGGAAGUCCAGCUCCUUACUCAGAGCACACAAAUUCUUCAGCCUGGCAACCACCAUCUAUGGGGCAUCCAUUUGCAUCCAAUGGACAGGGCCGUGGCUUUCCAUACUCUGGGCGGCAUGGUUCUUUCCUUGGUUCAUCCCGACACCACCACCAUCAUCACGUUGGAUCUGCUCCAUCAGGUGUUCCAUUAGAGAGGCACUUUGGUUACUUCCCAGAAUCACCAGAAGCGUCAUUCAUGACUCCUGUUGCUUUUGGAGGCAUGGGAUUGGCCCACAAUGAUGGAAGUUUCAUGUUGAAUAUGAGUGCUCGUGCUGGCAUGAAUGCUGGCAUUUCUAUUCCAGCAAACAUGUCUGAAAGUGGUUCUGCCAAUUUUAGAAUGAUUUCUUCUCCAAGGCUUAGCCCCAUGUUCCCAGGUAAUGGUCCAUUUCCAGGUCUGGCACCCUCCAACAUAGAGGGUUUAGCUGAUCGUGGACGGAGUCGGUGGGUUGAGAAUAAUGGGAACCAGAUAGAUAGCAAGAAGCAAUUUCAGCUUGACUUGGAUAAAAUUCUCAAUGGGGAAGAUACUCGGACAACUCUUAUGAUUAAAAAUAUUCCCAAUAAGUACACCUCAAAGAUGUUGCUAGCUGCUAUUGAUGAAAAUCACAGGGGUACUUAUGAUUUCCUUUAUCUGCCGAUUGACUUUAAGAAUAAAUGCAAUGUGGGCUACGCAUUUAUCAAUAUGCUGUCUCCUUCGCACAUUAUCCCGUUCUAUCAGGCUUUUAAUGGUAAGAAGUGGGAGAAAUUCAAUAGUGAGAAAGUUGCUUCCUUGGCAUAUGCUAGAAUCCAGGGAAAGGCUGCCCUAGUCACACAUUUCCAGAAUUCAAGCUUGAUGAAUGAAGAUAAACGCUGUCGGCCAAUUCUCUUCCACUCCGAGGGUCCAGAAGCUGGUGAUCAGAUCAUCCAGGAACAUUUGCCCUCCAACAGUUUGAACAUCCAGGUUCCUCAGCCGAAUGGGUCACAAAUAGGUGAUACUCCGGAAAGCCCUGAAAUGGUUCUUUUGUGUGAGAAGCCAGAGAAGAGUUGACGAUGUCUUGGAGCAGAUAUGCACUUAGCCCAAGCUCAUGGUGUGGCUGUAAAGGCAACGGUUGCGUAAAUAAUUGUGUAAAAGAAUUAGGAAGAGAUGACCCAAGAAAAGUGUGCAGAUUUUGUUAUGUAGUUUUGUGUCCCAUAUCAUUUUGGUAGAAAGCUUUUGAAGUAGCAGGAGUAUUUUGUAGUUGAAGAGCAGGCCAGUGGUGAGGAAUGGAGGAUGAUAAGGUGAAGCAUAGAGGUGGAACUGACUUUUGUCAACUGCUGAAUGUGUCACCAAUAUGUGCACGAUUUCCAUUGUGCUCUGAACUCCAUGUUGGAGUCAUUUCCCUUUUUCCCUUUUUCCCUUUUAUUUUGUCUUUUUUGUUCCUCGUUGGGUAGAAGCUCAAUGCGCUGCAUAUAUGGUGUUUAUAUGGGUGAAUGUAAUUGAGGGUUGAACUUUUAGAAUUGGUGAUCAAGGAAGGGGGUAUUCACACAAAUGUAUAUAGGGGAAGACAAACAGAGACAAACUGCCUUUUUUUUUUUCUCUCUCCAUUAAUUUGUCUUGUUUAUUAGUAUUCUUGACAUGGAAUGGCAAUUAUGUAUUUAUUAGUGUUC